CUUCAGCAAUCAGGCCUAUUAAUUCAGUCAAUUCACAAAAACCUUAUUUGGCCCGGGGUCAAUUGCGUGCACAAUUUUGUCUUCCCGGUCAAAAAUGACCGGAACUUUGACAAGCGUAAAACGGUUUGCACUGAAAAUAGUUUCAGUUGGCUUUAAACUGUAGUAACGCUAGAGAGAUAGCUACAUAGUAUUGUAAAAUAUAAGCAAGAAAAUGUAACUGUAGUAGUCACAUUCCGAUCUUAUUUGAUAUAAACCCAUGGAUGUGAAAGUGACUUGAUCGUUUUUUUUAGAGAAGCCACCAGUACUUAACUAUCAACAAUUCAGUGUUUCACAGGAAGUGGAAGAGCGAAAGGCGGAAGACUGAGCUCCACUGUCCUGGAAUCGGUUUACCAUUUGUACCUCAGUCACUUUCAACACAAAUGGCUGCGUCAUGACUGACUUCCAGUCAGUUUGCACAGAUCGAAAUACGGUUAGACAGGAAGUUCCGAGUGGUCAAACUCCUGAGACGGAACUAUAAAUGUGAAUAAGUAAAUACUGUAUAUAAAUUGGGGCACACCGACAUUUAAUCAACUUUACAUAUUUGGGAGACGAUGGACAAGCUUCGUCGAGUGCUAAACGGACGAGAGGAAAAUGAAGAGUUGGGUCUUACGUCCCAGGUCCUCGAUGCCACCUCGCUCAGCUACAGCACCAGAGUGAAAUGGUUCGUCAUAUGCUUCGCCGUAGGCAUCCUGUGCUCAAUACUUGGUUCAGCAUUAUUGUUCCUCCCAAAUGGCAGCAAACUCUUCGCUGUCUUCUACACACUGGGAAAUGUUGCUGCUCUUUCCAGCACCUGCUUCCUAAUGGGACCGUUAAAGCAACUGAAGCGCAUGUUUGAGCCAACAAGACUUAUAGCUACCAUCGUUAUGUUGCUCUGCCUCAUUUUAACACUGUGUGCAGUGUUUUGGUGGAAACGAAAUGGACUGGCCAUCAUUUUUUGUAUUCUUCAGUUUCUGGCAAUGACAUGGUACAGCAUCUCCUACAUUCCUUUUGCCAGGGAUGCUGUGAUGAAAUGCUUCACAACCUGUCUGAGCUAGGAUUCUGGAGUCCACAAAGUGACGUGAAGCCUGGUCCUAAUAUGCAAAUGCCAGAACAGUAACUCUGUAAAAUAUUUCUUUGCAUUUUUUGUUGCCCCUUAAACAAUCUAUAGUGAUAUUGCUUUAUGACAGUCUACCUUAAAUAGAUUAUACUGAAUGGUUUUAUAUACAGGAUGAGUGCCUUUAAUGCUUAAUAUAUUUAAAUAUUGAUUUGAUAUCUCAGAGUGGUUGAUAAUUCUGAAGUGGUAAAUAUUACUUUGCAGUGCAUUGGAAAAUAUAACAAUAAUGAAUUUAUGUCUUACACCACUAUCUAACAUCAUACAUUUUCUGUUCAAUUUUAUUCCGAUCAGCACACACAAAUGCUGACAAAGUUCAUUUUCAUUGUCUUUAAAUGAGCAGUUUAUGUAUAACGAUGCUGUCGGCUAUUUUUUAUAUAAUAUAAUUACAGGAUUUCCCCUUGGGUAUUUGAGGCUCUGCUUUAGUGAUUCUACACUUGCAUCUUUAAUGUCCACAGCUCUUGAGCUUUUCCAGUUAAACGGAGUAGGGGAAAAAACGCACCAUAUGUGUAGUCUAUGUGUAUGUGAGCAUAUUGUACAUUAGCCCCUUCCCCCAACGCAGCAAAUUACAUUAAAAUAGAGUAUUUUAAAAUUUGAUUUCCUGCCAGAUGCCACAAUGGCCUAGUUAAUUACGCUUUCCUGAAUAAUGUGGUUUUGGCGUGACCCAAUAACCCAACAUAGCUUCCAACGGGAUCCCUGCACUGCUUCAGCAUGAUAGCCUUUGAGGAUAGAGUUGUCAUGACAACCUCUUCUGGAGGAUUCAUUACUUCAGUCUACCCCCAUCUGAGGUGCAGAUGUUCAUAGUGACGAGAAUGCACAUGCAUUUUUAUAAAUCACAUCCAUGAAUAUAUGUUUGUCUUAUACCUACAUGGUUUUAAAGAUGUUAUAUACAUUACAGAAAGCCACAGUGUCUCAAUUUCCAUCUUUCUUGGUACCAACCAAACCGCUUUACUGUGCUUCCUGUUUUGCAAGUCCUCAUGUCGUUUCAUCAGGCGCUUGCAAAGUAGGAUUAUAGACAAAGUAUCCCUUUAGUACAACUCGUUCAAGUAACUUGUUAAAUAACAAGCAAAUCCCUCUGCACCAUACCCUCUUCAUGUAAUCUGCAAGAUCAAAUAAUGCUCUAGAAUGAAGGAACGCCUGUUGUUUUUUGUGAUCAGUUUUUUUGGGGAUUAAAAGUUUGAGGAUAUAUCCUGACCUCUGCAAUCUGCCAGUGUCUCAACUGUUUCCUGCAGCAUUGUUUAAUCCAGAGGUCAGAGUGAAGCAAUCCUACACACACACACUAUACCAGCCUUUAAAAUUAAACUUUAAUAAAAUAAAUAAAGUGGGAAAACAAUGAAAUACAACCCAAACUUUUUUUGGACAUCAAAAUCAUACAAAAGUAUUUUUUGUAGUCAUUUAUGUUCACGUGUGCUUCUUGCUACUUAUUCCUGUUCAUGAAGUGGUCAUCUGUACAAUGAGGUAUUGCAAUUGUCAUUUAUAAUAAAUUACAUGUUGCUUCAAUAUGAAAUGCCUUGCAAAUUGUGAAAGAAAAUGCGUUUUUUAAUAAAUGUGUACAUUCAUAUGCAAUG